AUGACGUCGAUCGGGAGCAAGUCAAGAAGCAACAAGGACAAGUCGGUGGAUUCCGAGAAGAGUGAAGCGAGGACGACGACGAUGGAGAGCUGGGCAGAUGCGAUGCAGAAUCAGGUAACGCUGAGAGAGCGAAAGAAGCUUGUCAAAGGUUACGCUGAUUUCAUCGGAACCAGUGAGACAGUCGUGGAGAGUGUGCGUGAGCAGUUGGGCGUGCACAGCAAAUGUUCAGAGAGACAGAAAGAUGUGAUCGUGAAGCCAAUGAAAGAGUUUGUCAGCGAAUUGACAAAGCGCUACAACGAGCUGGGCAGUGGAAAGUGGGAGCGCGUUGUGAUGCGCAUAAUGCGACAAAACGGACUGGAAAAAUUGGAAGACUUGCGGGAUGCGGUCUUGCCGGAUGAUUUGACAGCGAGCGCGAGAAAUACUGAAACAAAAGUGUUUCAUAACCAGUUGAAAUUGUUGCAGGACGGCUGGCGAAAAGAAAAGGAAGAGCUCGAGGAAGAACUGUCAAAAUCGAAGCGAGAGAACGAUGAGGUGGUCGAGAAGCUUGAAGAAGCGUGGAAAGACGCCGAAAAGGCAGAGGAAACGAUCGAGGAGCUGGAAAGGGCACUGCUGAAGGAAAGGAAGACGUCGGAAAAAUGGAGAAACCAAUUGGAACACGAUGAAGGUAAGAAGAAAGAAAAAUUUUCAGGAAAUAAAGAGAAAACUCAGGUUCAUGCAAGGAAAUCGCCGUCAAGAAGUUUUAAUGGUUCGUCGGUGGAUUGGCACAAUGAGAGGAAGGAAAGAAAGACCGGUGAGUCUUUUUAUAAGAAGGGUGACCUGAAAAAUGAGCGAAGUGAAGACUGGCGUGUGAAGGUGAAGAAUUGGGAAGUGAAUAGCAGUGAGGGGGAUUUUCCGGAAAGAAGUGUGCGAGUCAGCGAAAGAAGAAAGUGUGAGCGCGACAGUGAGAGAUGUUCGCGAGUGUCACGGGACAGUUCGCGAAUGGUAGUGGAGUGCCUAAGCAGAAUUAUGAGGGCGUCAGCUCUGCCAGAACCAGAGAAGUUCGACGGAAAAGGAGAUGUCAAGGAGUUUAAGAGAUCUUUCCUUCUGAAGUACAAAUCGGUCACGGAGCGUGAUGCCGAUAUGGUAGCAACUCUGGAGGACAAAUUCUUGAAAGAUGCCGCAAGAACCUUGUUCAAGACACUUCCGAAUCGAUUUAAUCGAUCGAUCGAGUCGCUGUUUGAGGAGUUUGAAGAGAAGUUGAGGAAGAGGCGAGGAGAUCGUGAGGCGGAAGCUCUCAACGAGUUUGAGGAGCUGAAGCGAAAGCCGAAACAGCCGAUGUGGGAGUACCUGAUGGACGUGGAAAAGUGGUCAAAGCGAGCGUUUCCCCAUCUUGAAGAAGAGACAAUGUCACAACUGAGAGUCACGAAGCUUAUGAGAGCGCUAAGGGAUGACCCGACGAUGCAAAAGUUGAUGACGAUGAAGCGAUAUGAAGUGGCGAAAAAAUACCAGUACGAGUUCCUUAAGGAUAUCGUUCUCCAGCAAGAGAACGAAGACAAGAGAAGGCAAGGGCUCGGAAAAUCGUAUCGACACGAAAAGAAGGAAAUGAGCUGGAAAAAGGAGGACAGCAAGGUUGCGAAGCAAGAUAAUGCUAAAGCAGAGAUAAAGUGCUAUAGGUGUCAAGAAAGUGGGCAUAUAGCUAGGGACUGUGAGGCAAAGGUCAUUCAUCACGUGGAAACUGAUGGAACAGGACGCGGUGUGGGCGCGAAAAUGAGGGAACAAAUACAGUUGUUGGGUCAGAAGCGCUUGAUGUUUAUCGACAGUGGCGCAGAAGUAUCGGUCAUGUUGACAAAAGUGUGGGAGGCACUGAAGAAAGGGUGUGUGAGAUGGAGGCAGAGAGUCGAAGUACUGACGAAUCCAACGUUUGCAUUGAGGAAUGUUUCAGGAAAGAACAUGCCAGUGAAAGGACAACUGAAGAUUCCAAUCAUGAUGAGAGGAAACAAAGCUAAUGUGUGGUUCCAACUGGUGGAAGACAAAGCUGAAAUCCUCUUGUUCGGAACGAAUGCUUUCGAAAGCAUCGGGGUUGAGCUGGCAUGGAAGCCAAAGCAGGAAGAGCGCGUAAAGAAAGAGGGAAAAGGUCCAAAAGCGAAAUGGGAGAGAAAUGCCGAGCGUGCGAAGUGUGAGACAAGUAGCGCUACAGUUAAUCAUAUCAUGACUGAGGGAAAUGUUGUUGAAAACAAUCAUUUUUGCAGAAAGCUGAUGGAAGAAGGAGGCGGAUGUAAAAAAGGAAAGUGCACAGUCCAAGAAGGAUACAACGUUUGUUCAAGUGUGCAACAACUCGGAGUGGUGCUGUCAGCAAAAGGAAAAGGUGUGGAUUUGGAAAAGUGGAAUUUGUUAAAAUAUUCCAAAGAAUUCCAGGCACAAGUGACAACGGUUGAGAAGGAGGAAGCGUUGCAGAAGUUUGCAAAGGAGUGUCCUCAAGUGGCAGAGGCAAUUAGGAAGGAAGGUGCAUACGCAGAAUGGGAAGAAGCAGCGGUGAAGAUCAGAUUGGCGCUGAAGAGUGAGAUCAAGCCAAGGACGACGAUCAUCAAGGAGCCAGCAUUGAUAGUUUCCCCAAGAUUGAAAAUCUCGGGAAGAAGAAAUAUUCUGGAAGUUCGGAAUUCGCAUGGAAGCGAUUUCAUGGAGAAGUACGAGUGGAAGAAGGUGAAGAAUGUGCUAUGGCUGUGUAUAGUCACAAAGGACAAGGAGGUCAACCAACGGAUUUUCGAAAUGAUCAAGAAGUUGGCAGAAGAAGUACCAGAAGUCAUAAUGGUUCCGUUCAAGCUGGAGUGUGUCAUGAAGGAAGUUGACAAGGUGACAGAGGAGUGGAGAAAGAGGCUGAAGACGUUGAACAACGUGAAGCUGAUCGAUCCAAGGAAAGAGGUCGGAAAGCGAGAACUGCCGUUAAUUGUGACGUCAUCGGAUAAGUAUGAGUCGGGAAAAUCGCUGUUGCGAUAUCUGGAGCAAGAGGCAGAGGAUAAUCCGUGUGUGAAACGACUGAAGGCGAUGUCGGCGGAGAAGGAGGAGCCACAUGAAUCUCUUUCCCAAUAUCUCAAUAUUCAACGAGUUGCGACGCAUGAACAUCCGAGAGAUGAUCCAAUUCGUGUUGGAGAUAUAACUGUUUUCAAUAUUGAAGGCAGACCAAUUCCAAUUGUACACAGAGUCAUCAAGGUUCAUGAAAAGUCAGCCAACGACACUAAAUUUUUGACCAAAGGAGACAACAACAAUGUUCAUGAUCGCAGUCUUUAUGCUGAAAAGCAACAAUGGCUCAAACGCUCCGAUGUCAUUGGUCGUGUUAAAGGACUCAUUCCAUACUGUGGAUAUAUGACAAUUCUCGUGAACGAAGUUCCCUAUUUCAAGCAUAUUUUGAUUGGAUUCAUGGCUAUCGUCACUCUCCUCCACAGAGAAUACUAA